CUUUCUCUUUCUCUUCUGGUCCCAGGCGCUGCGGAAGCCGCAGCUUACCGUGCAGACAUGGCCAAGUCCAAGAACCACACCACACACAACCAGUCCCGCAAAUGGCACAGAAAUGGCAUCAAGAAACCCCGGUCACAAAGAUACGAAUCUCUUAAGGGGGUUGACCCCAAGUUCCUGAGGAACAUGCGCUUUGCCAAGAAGCACAACAAGAAAGGCCUGAAGAAGAUGCAGGCCAACAAUGCAAAGGCAGUGAGUGCACGAGCAGAGGCCAUCAAGGCCCUGGUGAAGCCUCAGGUCACCAAGCCCAAGAUGCCAAAGGGCCCCAGCUGCAAACUCAGCUGCCUGGCUUUCAUCGCUCACCCCAAGCUUGGGAAGCGGAUUCGAAGCUACAUGGCCAAGGGUCGUAGGCUCUGCCAACCAAAGCCCAAGGUUCAAACCAAGGCAGAGGCCAAAGCUCCAGCUAAGGCCCAGGCCAAAGCUCCAGCCCAGGCUCCUAAAGGUGCCCAGGCCCCUGUGAAGGCCCCAUAGAAAAGGCUCCUGCCAGUGUGAAGACAGAUGGACUGCCAUGACACACCUACCCACACACUAUUUGCAGAUGACCAGUGUCCUAGGCUGUUUUUACAAAUAAACUCGAGGCAAGAUCUGU